AUGGCUGCAGCAGCAGUUCUGUGCGGAAACAAGAGAUCAUUCUUCGACGAAGAUGUGUAUCCUCCAUCGCUCUUUCAAUCAUCCAAAAGACUUCGAUGCUCUUCUUCUUCUUCUUCUUCGUUGGGUCGGCAACAUCAUCUCACUCCACUCCGUCGUCCCAAUGAAGAGACCGAACCUGAUCGUUCCGGAAAGAGAACGAAACUGACUCAUGAGAGUCUGAACAAUCACGACCUUGAUGGUGCGGAGGAAUGGGUCGAGUUGUUCGUUAGAGAGAUGAGCAGCGCCACCAACGUCGACGAUGCCAAGGCACGUGCUGCUAAGGCACUGGAGGUCUUUGAGAAACGGAUCAUGUCACGUGCUGCCGCCGAGGCUGAGGAGGCAGCCGCCGUAAAGGAGGAGGAGGAGAAUAUGGUGCUGAAACAAGAAGUCGAAGAAAUGAGGAAGGAGAACAUGAUUCUGAAACGAGGAGUGUAUAUCCAGAACGAGCGUCUUAAAGAAUUGGAGGCUCGAAACCAAGAAGUGGAACAUAUGAAACAGUUGGUAAAUCAAUAUAAGGAACAAGUGAGUAAACUUGAGGUUGCCAACUAUGGCCUGGAACUGCACCUCAGGCAAGCUCUAUGCAACAACUCGGUUCCUCUAGGUUACAAUCCUCAUGUCUUUUGA